AUGUCAGAAGGUGAAGUAUGGUUAGAGGGCUCUUAUGGAAUUACUGCAGCCGCUACCCAUCCCGGAGAAAGUUUGGGAAGACAUGUCGAUGGGUUACCUGUCAACCGAGGUUAUGGAGCAAUCUUGGUGAUAGUGGAUCGAUUAAGCAAGAGUGCACACUUUAUUUCACUUCGUCAUCCUUUCACGGGAAAUAAGCUGAAGGGAAGUUCCUCAUACCAUCCCCAAACAGAUGGGCAAACGAAGGUCGUGAGCAAGACACUUGAAUAUUAUUUGAGGUGUUAUUGCCAUGAGGAGCAGACAAUGUGGAAGGAGUUUAUUUUUGGGGCGGAGUAUUGGGCCUACUUCACGAACAUCAAGAUAGGCAACCCACCCAAGUCUUUCGAACUUAAUGUUGAUACUGGAAGUGCCCUUACUUGGGUCCAAUGUGACGGACCUUGCUUGAGUUGCACUCUGCCUCCGGACCGUCUUUACACGCCACCGGAAGGUAGUGUCGUGCCAUGUGGGGAUCCAAUAUGCGCUCUUCUCCAAGGAGAUGAACCCAAUUGUGAAGAACCAACGGAUCGAUGCGACUAUGUUAUUCGUUACGGUGAUCGAAGUUCAACUCAUGGUUAUUUGGUCAAAGACCAAUUUCCACUGCAACUUGUAGAUGGCUCCGUCAUUGAAUCUCCUUUGGUUUUCGGGUGUGGAUAUAACCAGACGGGUGUUUUCAAAGGAGCUGGAAUCCUUGGUUUAAAUAGGGGUCGAGUUGGCUUCUUGUCACAAAUGCAUUUGCAGGGUGUAAUACAACCAGUGGUUGGCCAUUGCUUAAGUACUGGAAAAAGAGGUGGGUUUUUAUUCUUAGGAGAUGAUCUUGUACCACCUUCGGGAAUUUCCUGGACGCCAAUCACAAACACUCUCUCAGAGACAUACUCAUCAGGACCAGUGAAUCUCUUGUUUGAUAAAAGUACAACUCAAGUAACAGAUCUGCAAUUCAAUUUUGAUAGUGGUUCAACCUUUUCCUUCUUAAACAAAACUACCUACAAAACCACACUUUCUCAGAUGAAAGGAAGAGUAUGCUUGGGAAUUGCGGACGGUAGCAUAAUAGGACUAGAAAAUACGAAUGUGAUAGGAGCGGUUUCAAUGCAAGACAAGUUAGUGAUAUAUGAUAAUGUCAAUCAUCGUAUCGGAUGGACUUCCUGGAACUGUAGUGUGCGCCCUACUGACUAA